GGGGCGCAGUCCCGGGUCCGACUGGCCGAGCCCCGCGCGCCCCGCCCGCGCCCUGCGCCUCCGCCCGGCCAGCCGGCGGGGGAGGGGGCAUGAGCCGGCGCCCGCGCGCCGCCGCGAGCUGCGGGCCGGCCUAGAGCCCCGCGCGGGCCCCGCGCCCGAGCUUAGCCGCCGUCGCUUCCUAGCCGCGGGAGCAUCCCCGGGAGCAGCGAUGCAGCGGCCGGGGGAGCCCGGCGCCGCGCGCUUUGGUCCGCCCGAGGGAUGUGCCGAUCAUCGACCGCACCGCUACCGCAGUUUCAUGAUCGAAGAAAUCCUCACCGAGCCUCCCGGGCCCAAGGGCGCAGCGCCUGCGGCUGCCGCUGCUGCCGCGGGCGAGCUACUGAAGUUCGGCGUGCAGGCGCUGCUGGCCGCCCGGCCCUUCCACAGCCACCUGGCGGUGCUGAAGGCUGAGCAGGCCGCAGUAUUCAAGUUCCCACUGGCGCCGCUCGGCUGCUCCGGGCUGGGCUCCGCGUUGUUAGCCGCGGGGCCUGGGAUGCCGGGCCCCGCAGGCGCAUCGCACCUGCCGCUGGAGCUGCAACUCCGCGGGAAGCUGGAAGCAGCUGGCUCCGGAGAACCCGGCACGAAAGCCAAGAAAGGACGCCGGAGCCGCACCGUAUUCACCGAGCUGCAGCUGAUGGGCCUGGAGAAACGCUUCGAGAAGCAGAAGUACCUCUCUACCCCUGACAGAAUAGAUCUAGCCGAGUCCCUGGGCCUGAGCCAGUUACAGGUGAAGACGUGGUAUCAAAAUCGGAGGAUGAAAUGGAAGAAAAUAGUGCUGCAGGGUGGCGGCCUGGAGUCCCCCACCAAGCCCAAGGGGCGGCCCAAGAAGAACUCCAUCCCCACGAGCGAGCAGCUCUCGGAGCAAGAACGCGCCAAGGAGGCAGAGAAGACAGCGGAGACGCCGGGCGAGCCCAGCGACCGAAACUGCGAGGACUGAGCGUCGCCGAGGGUGCGGUGCGGUCGGCCGGCAGGCGGGGACCCAGGAACUGGCCCUUCCGCACCCAUGCCCGUUUGCUUUCUCAACGUUUCAUUACUACUUUGAAUGCGGACAAUUAAGGGCCAGACAAGGAAGGACACAGGCCCGGAAGCCAAUCCCAGGUCUCAGCGAGCUCCUGCACCCAGUCUGGGAGAGUCGUGUCCAGCGUGGCCGAAGCUUCUGGUCUUUCUCGGACCUCCGCAGUGCCCGGCGCUCCACGCGCAUUCACGCCCCGCUCCUUGCCCACACUUUCCCCCAACCCCCGGCCUCCAGCCGGCCUUCUGGGCCCGGACACCGGCAGGCACACACUCGCUUCCGCGCCUUGGGGACCGGGCCGCAGGGUGCAGGUCUCUACAGCCCUGCCCUGCAGAGUCUUCACUAGCAGAUCAGCUGAUAACUGGUCCCCGAUGUCGCUGAGGCUUCUACCCCUCUCUUGCAAAGACGGUGACUCUUUUUUUCCAAUAAAAAUAUUUUAUGACACAA